AAUUACAAUUUUUCAAAAGGAUACUUUACUUUUAUAGUUUUAAAUAAAGCGACCUCGGUCUGUUAUCUUGUUUAUUAAUUAUAUUUGUCUGUUCUUUAGAAAAUGUUUUAAUUAAGAUGGAUUUCUAUAGUGCCAAGCUCUGAACGCUAGCCCAAAACUCAUAAAGUCCCGCCGCCCUAAGGAAAACAAUAACCGGUUUGAACCCAAGCAUCAAUGCCAAAUACUAGGAUUAACAAGCUCUCCAGAAAGCAAGCACUCAUUUUUCGUCAUCACAUCAAAGAAUCCCCAGAGCCCGCAACUUCAGCUCUCUCUCAAUUAAAAUGCUGUAUUCAGCACCAACAUUAAGAACAGCAGCAGCUACCUGCCGCAUACAGCCAUCAGUAUUCAUAUCAUGCACAUAUCAAACGGCCGCAUCAUCUACCCCUCUUCGCGCUCCAGAUAAUCAAAAUCCAAGCUCGCGACGUCGAGUGCAGGUUCCUUCCUACAAACGCAAUGUCACAUUCAAACCUACCUCGCGCUCGGCGUCCACAGCUAGCACAUCUACCUCACCAUCCAAAUCCUCACAAACAUCCAGCGCCGCGCAAACCGAAGUUCUAAACUGGAAUACAUUUUUCAAGCUCCGCCGCACUCGUCGCUGGUUCCAGCUCGGUUCUUCCAUUGGAACUGGAUUCGGUGGUUUCGCAAUCGGAGCGCAGAUUCUCACACAUACGGAUAUGGAUGCGCUGGUGGGACAAAUUCCUUUGGAUCCAUUUAUUACAUUGGGAUUAGUGACGUUUGCGUGUGGCGGAGCGGGAUGGUUAACAGGACCAAUUUUGGGGACUGCGGCAUUCAAUCUUAAAAAUAGGAAGUUUAGACAGCAGAUGGAUGUCAAGGAGAAGGAGUUUUAUGCGAGGGUUAAGAAGUAUAGAGUGGAUCCCAGUGCGAGUUCGAUGGCGAAUCCGGUGCCCGGUAAGUUGGAAUCGUGGUUUAUGUGAAGGACAGGCGAACGUUUUUAGGAUAUGAACUAAUUGCUUUAUUAGAUUAUUACGGUGAGAAAAUCUCGAGUGUGGCUGGAUAUAGGCAAUGGUUGAAGGAUCAGAGAGCAUUCAACAGGAAACGACAAACAUAUGUGUAAAACUCAAUACAACUAGGGUCGGAUAGGAAAAUGGUGAAGGAAUGGCAGGUUGUAAUUGAUAUCAUUUUUCCAUGGCAAGCAAGGUCAUAAAUUUAGCAGGCAGUUGUACGAUUUUGGCGUUCAUCGAGCCACUCGUUGUAGUGUAUCACAUUAUGCACUUUUGCACACAAUACCAAUACCAAAAUCUCUUUUCCAAAAUUCAUAAUCUUGGUUUUACUAUUCCAGAUUAGUAUUCCGGCCAAGAAUUAUCUACUUGUUCUUUCCAAGAUCGUAGCCCUCCCUUGAUAUCA